AUGGCACAGGAGACGGAGCAUGCGACCGAGUUUUUGAAGAGCCUGCCGCUCUUUGCCGAGAUCGACAACGAGGAGCUCCUGAAGACCGUGGCCAAGCACUUCAAGCGUAGCAAGCACGCCAAGGGCGACGUGCUGGCCAAGGAGGGCGAGCCCCAGCCCGCGAUGUUUUUGAUCGAGAGCGGCAAGGUCAAGCGGGUCAAGGGCGGAAUUCCGGUGGACGAGCUCGGCCAGGACGACGUCUCGGGCAUGCUGCACCUCUUCACCCAGGACCCCUGCUUCGCCACCCUUGUGUGCGAAGAGGAUACUGUGGUGUGGACGCUCGGGGCGAAGGAGUUCCACGACCUGUUGGGCGUCAGCGACUCUGCUCUCGCGGCCAAGCUCCUGGUGGUCUUCUCCAAGCAGCUGCGCGAGAACAGCAAGCUCAUCCGCAAGAAGCAGGCCCACACCAAGUUCACGAUCACCUUCUUCGACUUCAAGCCCUAUGAGAAGGGACCCUUCGAGCAGGCCAACAAAGAUGGUUCUGAGGGCAAGUACGAGUUCAACUUUUGCCCCGAGCGGUUGAGCGAGCGCACGGUCCGCGAGGCGGCCGGCUCGGACGCCGUCUGCAUCUUCGUGAACGACCGCGCCGAUGCCAAGGUGGUCGAGGAGCUCGCCGACAUGAAGGUCAAGCUGAUCGCGCUGCGUUGCGCCGGCUACAACAACGUCGACCUCAAGGCCUGCCAGGUGCACGGCAUCCAGGUGGUGCGUGUGCCGGCCUAUUCGCCCUACGCUGUGGCCGAACACGCCAUGGGACUCAUUCUCACCCUCAACCGCAAGCUGCACAAGGCCUACAACCGCACGAGGGAGGGCAACUUUGCCCUGCAGGGCCUGCUUGGCUUUGACAUUCACGGCAAGACCGUCGGUAUCGUCGGCACCGGCAAGAUCGGAGUGUGCCUGAUCGACAUUCUCAUCGGGUUCGGGUGCACGGUGCUGUGCUACGACGUCUACCAGAACGAGGCCGUCAAGCAGAAGAAGAACACCAAGUACGUCGAGCUGGACGAGCUGCUGGCCCAGUCGGACAUCAUCUCGCUCCACCUGCCGCUCCUGGAAUCGACGCGGCACAUGAUCAACGACAAGUCCAUCGCCAAGAUGAAGCGCGGCGUCAUGCUGAUCAACACGUCGCGCGGCGGCCUCAUUGAGACGUCGGCCCUCAUCAACGGCCUCAAGACCGGCCAGAUCGGCUACGCCGGCCUCGACGUCUACGAAGAGGAGGAGGCCUACUUCUUCGAAGACCACUCUGCCGAGAUCAUUUCGGAUUCGGUGCUGGCGCGGUUGUUCACGUUCCCCAAUGUGGUGGUGACGGGCCACCAGGCCUUCUUCACCAUCGACGCGCUGGACAACAUCGCCCAGACCACCGUCAAGAACGUCGACGCCUUCGUCGAGGGCAAGACCGGCGAGAAGCACCCCAACAACGUCAAGGCCGAGUACUCCUGA